GGUAUUUUUGCCUUUCAGGUCACUGUCCGCUUAUGACCUCUGACCUACAGUUCGAAUUACCGGCAAAAUGGCGGAGUGUUUGCCAGAAUGUAUGGAAAACAGCACCUUACAGGUGGAACUAGAAAUCCUGGAGUCCAUUUACCUGGAUGAGCUACAGGUAGAGCAUGAUGACAGUGGCAAUCCCAGGAGAGUGGAGAUCACCCUCCACCCUGCAACAGCUGACAAUGUGGAGGCACAGUUUGUCCGACUGACUCUGUCCAUCAUCUUACCUAAACAGUAUCCCCAGGAGUUACCAAGUCUGACCAUCCAGAACCCUCGAGGGCUGUCUGAACAACAAGUCAACAGUCUCUACAAGAGUCUUCAACACCUGGCCCAAGAAAGACAAGGAGAAUCUAUGUUGUAUGAAAUCAUAGAGUUGGCCAAAGACAGCUUAACUCACAACAACCUGCCCAGCUGUGAGUGUGCCAUCUGCCUUUACCCUUUCCACGAGAUGGAUGAUUUCACCAAGACAGAGUGCUACCACUACUUCCACUGCCACUGUCUGGGGCGGUACAUACAGCACACCUUAGACCAGGAGCCAGAAGUCACAGGACCAGUGGAUCCUGGGAGGGUGGAGACACCACAGAAUGAGGUUGUGUGCCCGAUGUGUCGAGAGCCAAUCAGCUAUGACCUAGCAGGACUGCUGUCUGCCAAACCACCUGCAAUCAAUGAGGACAAGUACAAGCCUGAUAAAGCCAUGAUAAAGUGGCAGGCUGACAUGGCCAAGGUCUACAAGAAACAACAGUCAAAGGGAGGAAUCAUCGACAUCGAGGCAGAGAAAAACAAGUUCUUCAUCAAGUUAGAGGCUCCUCGCCGCGAGGGAGAUUCUACCUCAGAUGUCGUCUCAGUCGGCACAGAAGAGUCCCAGGAGGAUCCAACCGGUGGAGAACUGCAGGCUGGGAUUGGGGUAAUGGCAACGGUAAAAACUGAAGGGAUAAGUAAGGCUGGUAAUGGAGAGAUGGGAGCAACUGGGAUGGGUAUUGCGGAGACAACACGGCUGUCGGAUCGUAAGCCGCAAUCGGCGGGAAGUGUGCCUAGAGACGAGGACGGAAAGAGAAGAGGGAUUCCAGGGGAAAUGGAAAAGGGUCAACAGCGGCGACACGAAGGUGAGAGAAAGGUGAGGUCGGCUGGGAGGGGAGCGGGGAGGUAUCAGGCGAGACGCCACAGCCCGAGGGAGGGAUGGAGGGACAGGAGUAAAGGAGGGGAGAGACGACAGUACAGGGAAGGGCGGAGGAGUCCAGGGGAUGGACAGAAGAUGAGAGAACAGGACAGAGGAGGAAGGAAGAGUCCAGGGGAUGUAGAGAAGGUGAGAGAACAACAGAAGAAAGGGAAUGAGGAGACAAAACUGACCGGAAAGCAAGGGGUGAACAACGAACGUGCAAUGAAAAGGGACGGACAGAGACCAUAUCCACCAAGGAAAGGAGACAGCAGAAAAGAUGAUGAUUUCGACAAGCCGGAACAAAGCAUCGCGUCUGUAGCUGACAGCAAAGGUUCAGAACAGUCAACCAGGUCGGAUAAGCGCAGGGAUGAGGUAAGGUCACACCCCAGCAGAUCUGAGGAGCCCAGACAUGGGGAGGAGGCUGGCAAGAAGCACAUCAAGGGAAAAGGUAUCAGCACCAGGGAUAGCAGACAGUCACAGGCAAAGAGCAUCAGUGCCAGUGAUAGCAGCCAGCAGCAAGAAGGAAAGAAGAGUUAUCAGAAUGGUUUUCCUGAGCUGAGAAAUGAAAACAGGAGCAUCACAUCCACAUCUUCAGAACACUGUAGUGACAGGUACCACAAUCAGCAAUAUAAAAGCAGAGAAGGGGAUCACCCGAAGAAAACCUCCAAUCGUCCAAGGCAACAAGAUUGGCAGCGACGAAACCGUAGGCAGCAGGAUGGUAGAAGGACUGAUGAAACAAAAAAGGGUUAUGACAGUAACAAAGUGGUUGACAAGAAACAAACUAAACCUCCUCAAAUGGGAAGUAGAAAUGAAAAAGAAGAUAGAAAGUUGAACAAAUCAGAUCAUUCAGCUGCGAUUGAAGUUCAAUCUGAUGUCAGAACUGUGAGUAACGAUAAGAGACAUGAUCCAAAACCUCGGGGGCCACCCCCAGGGUUCGAGAAAGUCAAGAAGAGUUUCACCAGGCCCCCGCCGGGAUUCGAUGACUUCAGAUGACAAAAACUGAGACUGUACCUGUCUAUCAGAUAUGAGUAGAACCCUACAGAGACUGAGACACUGCAUUAACAGAUCAAUACAACCUCUCAGUCUGUCUAGAACAAGGAAAGACACUUUUAUAAUACUAGUAAUAUGAGCAAUGUUAAGACAAAAAUCUGUUUGAAGCAAGGCUGUAUUCUGAAUGAUAAAACUUAAAAAGAUAACAGUUGAUGUUCUGUAUGAUUUGCAAGCGUUGGGUAAUUGUUCAAAGGAAUGUUAAAGCACUCUGGUAGUAUUAAAAAUGUUAAUGACAAAUAAUGGAUAUUUUAUGGCUUCUUUCUGAAGUAUACUUGUCCUCAAAAGUUGGUAUUACAUAAUUGAAAUACUGGGGUUGUAAUUUUUUUGUUAAAUCCACACAGUUCCUACAGCAAAAUGCUGUUCUAUGCAUUUUUACACUUCAAUGGAAAGAGGUUGUACUCACUGCAAUACAAUUAUAAGGCAAGACUUCCCUCAACUACUUGUAUUGGUUGUAUCAUGACUUAAUAUAUACAUUUAUGGUACAUUUACAUCCCUGCUAUAGUGAUGGACUACCAACAAUGCA